UCGCGCUCUUCCCACGUUUUAGGAGAGGAAAUUUCUUCACCAACCAUAACCAUGCUCACAAACUUCAAUGGUACCGGUGUGGGAUUUGGUUUUGGCGUUGGCUGUGGUUUUGGAAUGGGAUGGGGCUUUGGAGGGAUGCCUUUGCAUAUCUUGGGUCUUGGUGUAGGUGGAGGCUGUGGAGUAGGGCUUGGCCUAGGGUGGGGCUUUGGCACUGCAUUUGGUAGUCACUACCGGACUGCUGAGGUCAAGUUCCAGGGCUUUGAUUUCAACAGGAAAGAUGAAAGCGGUGGAAGAGAAGUAACGGGUCCAGCAAAGCAGGCUGGGGAGAUUAAAGCGUCACACUAAGCCUAAAACUUCAUUUCAUGAGUACCAAAACAGAGUAUUUAUAAGGUUCU